AUGUAGUGUCAGCCGUGUCAGCUGGUAUCGCUGGUAUUGGUAUAUCAUUGCAUAUCGUUGUCGUUCACGUUAGUGCAUUAGUUGCGGAACGAACCACAGACUUGUAUAGAAGGGUUCGAUAAUGUAACGCAAUGGAACCAGAGUUAUCAGAAGAACCUCCUACACGUACGCAAUUUACUGUGGACGAUUUAGACGUCGAAAUAUUGCCACUUAUCUACGAAAUAAUUCGAAGCAUUGAAAAAGAUCCGUACGAUACUACACAGAAGGCAAAAGAAUCUCAGGAUACGAGUCAUAAAAUAAUAGAAUUACAAAAAAAGUUAGAUUCAGCUAGAGCACAGAUUAAAAGGCUGCCAGGAAUCGAAUAUAGCAAAGAAGAACAGUUACAGAAACUCGAGACUCUUCGCAAACAACUCAGACUUAAGAGAGAGCUUUUACUGAAGUAUCGUAAUAUGUGUAGUUUCGAGAUUCCAAAAGUACAGUAACAGCACGAUAUCUUUUGGCACGCUGAGAGGGAGGAAAGAACCGAACGAGAAGUGAACCAAGGACACGUUGACAUGGGGAUUUUCCG